UUCCCUCGCUCAGUUUGUAUUCGGUAUCCAGUUGGAUUCUGUUCGACGGCGACGGGCGGGUACGUUCGAUUCCCGCGAUUCAAAUCGGACACUUUUACUUUUCUCUGAGAGAUCGACGCCGAUAACAAAGAAUCGAGCGAGCGCGACGAAUAAAUUAAUUUUCGCGAGAUUCGAAACGGACGGAGAGGGAGAGAGAGAGAGAGAGAGAAAUAGUGCCAUUGUGCCAUUAGUUUGUCAAGUGUCUUAAAAAAAAAAAGAAAUUCCCGAAGAAAGAAACGCAGAGGUGUCGACGUGGGAAGAUGCUGCCGCCGCGAAUACUCAGUCUGUUGGUGAUCCUUCUCGCCGUGCAAGGUUUGUGCAAACCGACUAAGAGUACAGAAGACGUGGAGUAUGAGGACGAUACACCUAUCGAGGGGGAUGAUGAGGAGGCCGAAGAGAUCGAAGAUGACAAUGUCAGCACUGCCGCCGAUGUACAACCGCAAAUCUUAUCGCAGAGGAUGAGUAUUCGCGUAAAAGCCGGAAGUACCGUUAUACUACCCUGUCAGGUGAUGAACGCAGAAAAUUAUGUGGUCGCAUGGAUAAAGGGCAACAAGAUGUUAUACUUCGAAAUGCAGCCGCAAAUAGAAGACUCGAAGAGGAUCGUGCGAUUACCGAAUAACAGCUUGGCCAUCUACAACGCAACGGUUAACGACUCUUCCAACAAUUAUACGUGCAGUAUCCUUUGGCAGCCGCAUAGCGUAAAUUUAACUCACCGUUUGCUGGUCGAUCCGAUAAGGAUGCAACCCAUGACCUCACCACCGCCGCAAGACUCGCAUAAGGGGAGCAUACGUGUGAUACCCGCGCGACGAGUCGAGGUGAAUCAGGGCGUCUCUCUCACGCUCGGUUGCGAAACAGACAUGCUGCCACCGCCUGAAAUUAAAUGGUUUAUCGAGGCCAAGAAGGUGGUGGAUGACGAUCCUCAAGUGAUUCUGAAAGACAAUUACAUUACGAUAACAAAAGUAAACAGGUCUCACAGUGGUGUGUAUCAAUGUCUCGCGGAGGAUGGUUCAAAGUCGCCAGCGAUGGAAGCGAUAAACGUCAUUGUAUUUUAUGUACCUGAAAUAGAGGUGAAGAGAAACGUAGUCCACAGCGGCGAAGGUAUCGAAUCGGAAAUGACAUGCAUUGUGAGUGCUCAUCCUGAAGCUGUAAUAAAAUGGUUUAAAGACGAUAAGGAAAUUUCAUACAAGAAGGGGUCGAUAGUAAUACAUCAUGGAGUUAUGAAAAACAACAAGACUAAGCAUGUUUUGAAAAUUAUCCACACUUCGACGCAGGACUUUGGCGAAUACAAGUGUCGCGCGCAAAACGUCAUUGGUCAAACCACAAAAUCCAUCAUCUUAACAGUAAAAUCCACUUUAGGUGUACCCUCGCAACCGAGAAUAUCUGGCGCCGAAAUGACCAGUGAUGAUGCGGGAAUUAUUUUGAAGUGGCAUCUAGAGAGUUACUCACCGAUCAAAGAAUACAAGCUGCAAUAUCGUCGUAAAGACGAGGAAUGGAACUUUGUUGAGCCUGAAGUCAAAGAUGGUAAAGGAAAUCAAUUUUUCGUGGAACAUCCGAUUGAAGAACUUCAGCCUGGAUCUUACGAGGCAGUCCUUACGGCUAGAAAUGCAUUCGGAUGGUCUAUGCCAUCAGCACCGCAUAAGUUUACUGGUGAUUAUCCGUCUGAGAUGGCACAAAAAGAUGGAAAUUCGGCAGCUAUCCAAAUUCGCGGAACUCUUCUAACAUUGAUCCUAGUCCUUUUAUCUUGUGCCUUCACAAGCCUGUAAUUCUUUACUUAACUCUUUAAACUAUAUAUGUAGAUAAUUUGCUGCAGCCAAAGCAAACACCAGCAGACGCUAUGGUGGAUUUAUUAGUAUAGGAACACUUAGGGAAGAGUUGACGCACGUAGAAAUUUCAUUGAAAUCCUGUAGUGCUUUCCACGUGCAUCUUAUUAUGCUAAGCUAUGAUAUAUAUAAGUAAACAUUUUUUUUUAAACAGGCAUUAUCGAUGCAUUAAUAUACAUACAGUUGUUAUGUAAUCGAAAUUUUUGCAUACAACUCGCCUAGGUGUUCCAUUAAGACACGUUGUAAAGAAAAAAUAAGCAUUUUAAGUACACCGUAAAAUCAUGAAUAACUAUUAAGGGGUUAUUGUACUUCAAAAAUAUAUAUAUGUAUAUCUGCAUAUACGUGCACGCACAUAUGCAUCCAUACAUAUAUAUACGUGCAUAUAUACACAUAACAUAGUAUUCACUGUACAUGCGUUAGCUCACAGAGACAUGAUCAUAUUAUUAUAAUUUAUUUUUUUAUGCUUAAGAUUAUAUUAGAGUCGUGUUGAAAAAUAUUACUUGAUGCUCAUGUGUGUACAUUGAUUUUAUUACUUCUGAAAGAAUCAUGUACACAAAUGGCAUCUGGUUUAUUGUCCGUAAUGCACGCGUAAAGAAAGCAUGUACCUAAAAUAUAUAAUAGCAGAAAAGUGUAAACAUUACAAAUAUUAUACUAUUAUUAGGAUACGAUUAGGACGUAUAAUCGAGUCAACAAGUAAAGUAUAGUUGGAAGCGAUUAUACUGCAAUUGUCGUAUGAGAAGUAUGCAUUACCGCUAAAUGCAAACACAUUCGCAUAUAUUUGCUCCCAACGAAAAAGCGAAUUGUUUUUUUUUAUUUACACUUAGUUUUGAAUGUGUAUAAUGCAAUACGUGAAUAAAGAGUGACUGAGGCGAACGUGAGAAAGAGAGAAAGUGACAUUCUAUUGCGUUUUUCUAUAUAGUUUGCUAGCUUUUAGCGCUGAUAUGUUGUUAUAUUGAUUUAUAAUUAAUGUUACAUGCAAUACUUUUAUGGAUAAAUGUAAUUCUAAAACUGCCCAUUAUAGAACAGCUUGUCGUUAAAUAUGAAUUAUAUACAUAUAUCAAAUAGCCAUUUUUGUAAAGUUUUCAGAACAUUAUUUACACGUUUAUAUGUAUAAUUUUAAUAUUUGUUCUGAAAAGACGAUGUAUUUUAUGUUUUAAAUUAUAAUUACGAAUAAUCAUAUUCAUGUAAUAUUGCAAGUUUACUAAAAAAUUGUAUUAUUAUCAUCUAAAAUAGCAUUUAUGAACGCUAUUUUUUAAUUACCAACACAAUUUUUAAUUAUCCUUACAAAAAUUAUAAAAAUUAUAAAAUUAUGCUUAUGAGCAAUAAUAUCACAAAGUACAAUUUUAUAUUGUACUUUUUAUUAUGACGAGUAUAUUAUAUUACAUUAACAAUCUUUUUUUAUCAAAUUUAAUUUUAAAAUGUAAGAUCUAUUAAUCAAAUUAUAAAACAGUUAUGGGAAAGCAACACAAAGAACUACAUUUCUUACUGCUAUUAUUAAUAAAUUUAUAUAUUAAUUAAUAAAUUUAAAAUUAAUAAAAAUUUUCUAAAUAUAUUUUUAAUAAUAAUAAAAAAAUUGUUUAAUAUAAAUAUUAAUAUAUUUAAUUUUAAAUUAUUAUACGUAAUACAUUUUUACUCUCUUAUUUUUUUAUAUUAAUUUUAUAACGAACAUCGUCUUUUUCAAUUAAUACGCACAUUUUUUAUAUGUACAUAUUUAUAAGUUUAUUUUAAAUGUCGGCAAUAUAUACAUAAGAACAGCUAUUAUUUAGUCAAGACGCUUAUAAAACAUUAUAUCGAUAUACACCUGAUGCAUAUAAAUAUAGCUUCUACUGUUGCCUUAAUCAUUGUAACAUGUACAAUCAGAAAUAAUGAAAGAUAUAUUAAUUUAUAAGAUUAUACUGACAAAUGGGUAAUAAACACAGUACAUCAAUA